UGUGAUUGGCCGGCGGAGUCACAUGGUGAAAGUAACUUUACAGGGUCGCUAGCUAGUAGGAGGGCUUUAUGGAGCAGAAAAACGACAAAGCGAGAAAAAUUAUUUUCCACUCCAGAAAUUAAUGAUCAUGAGCUCGUAUUUGAUGGACUCUAACUACAUCGAUCCGAAAUUUCCUCCAUGCGAAGAAUAUUCGCAAAAUAGCUACAUCCCUGAACACAGUCCGGAAUAUUACGGCCGGACCAGGGAAUCGGGAUUCCAGCAUCACCACCAGGAGCUGUACCCACCACCGCCUCCGCGCCCUAGCUACCCUGAGCGCCAGUAUAGCUGCACCAGUCUCCAGGGGCCGGGCAAUUCGCGAGGCCACGGGCCGGCCCAGGCGGGCCACCACCACCCCGAGAAAUCACAGCCGCUCUGCGAGCCGGCGCCUCUCUCAGGCGCCUCCGCCUCCCCGUCCCCAGCCCCGCCAGCCUGCAGCCAGCCAGCCCCUGACCAUCCCUCCAGCGCCGCCAGCAAGCAACCCAUAGUCUACCCAUGGAUGAAAAAAAUCCACGUUAGCACGGUGAACCCCAAUUAUAACGGAGGGGAACCCAAGCGCUCGAGGACAGCCUACACCCGGCAGCAAGUCCUGGAAUUAGAGAAAGAGUUUCAUUACAAUCGCUACCUGACCAGAAGGAGAAGGAUCGAGAUCGCCCACUCGCUGUGCCUCUCUGAGAGGCAGAUCAAAAUCUGGUUCCAAAACCGUCGCAUGAAAUGGAAGAAGGACCACCGACUCCCCAACACCAAAGUCAGGUCAGCGCCCCCGGCCGGCGCUGCGCCCAGCACCCUCUCGGCAGCCACCCCGGGCACUUCUGAAGACCACUCCCAGAGCGCCACGCCGCCGGAGCAGCAGCGGGCAGAGGACAUUACCAGGUUAUAAAACAUAACUCACACCCUGCCCCCACCCCGCGCCCCCAUCCACCCUCACACACAAAUUGACUCUUAUUUAUAGAAUUUAAUAUAUAUAUAUAUUUUUUGGUUUUUUUCUCUCUUCUUCCCACCUUAUCCCUCGUCAAUUCCAAACAGACAAAACAGAUAAACAAACAAGCCCCCUGCCCUUCUCUCCCUUCCACUGUUAAGGACCCUUUUAAGCAUGUGAUGUUGUCUUAGCAUGGUACCUGCUGGGUUUUCUUUUUUUUAAGGCCGUUUUGGGGGGUUAUUUAUUUUUUAAGGAAAAAAGCUGCAAAAAUUAUAUAUUGCAAGGUGCGAUGGUCUGGUUUGGGUGAAUUUCAGGGGAAAUGAGGAAAAGAAAAAAAGAAAGAGAGAUUUUUAAGCCAAUUCUCAUCCUUCUUCUACUCCUCCUCCUUCCCCCCCUUUUCCUUAGGCCUUUUGCAUUGAAAAUGCACCAGGGGAGGUUAGUGAGGGGGAAGUCAUUUUAAGGAGAACAAAGCUAUG